UAAGUAGUGGGCGGGCCUGCGGCCGUGGCGCGCUGGGAAGGCGGAAGCGGGUCCGGGGCCGAUCGGCCAUGGCCGGGCCCGGCUGGGCCCCGCCGCGCCUCGAUGAGUUCAUCCUCACCGAGCGCCUCGGUGCCGGCACCUACGCCACCGUCUACAAGGCCUACAGGAAGGGGGACACGCGCGAGGUGGUGGCCAUCAAGUGUGUGAGCAAGAGGAGCCUUAACCGGGCGUCAGUGGAGAACCUGCUGACGGAGAUCGAGAUCCUGAAGACCAUCCGACACCCGCACAUCGUGGAGCUCAAGGACUUCCAGUGGGACAGUGACCACAUCUAUCUGAUCAUGGAGUUCUGCGCUGGGGGAGACCUCUCCCGUUUCAUCCGGAUGCGCAGGAUCCUCCCCGAGAAGGUGGCACGCAUCUUCCUGCAGCAGCUCGCCUGUGCCCUGAAGUUCCUUCACGACCACAACAUCUCCCACCUGGACCUCAAGCCACAGAACAUCCUCCUGAGCACCCCGGAGAACCCCCAGCUGAAGCUGGCAGAUUUUGGGUUUGCUCAGCACAUGUCCCCGUGGGACGAGAAGCACGUUCUGCGGGGCUCCCCACUCUACAUGGCUCCCGAGAUGGUGUGCCGCCAGCAGUAUGACGCCCGGGUGGACCUGUGGUCGGUGGGCGUCAUCCUUUAUGGUGGGCUUUUGCUUUUGUGCUCACCAGGGGUUGGCUCAGGGCCGAUUUCCCCGUCUCCAUCUCCCCAUGCCGCUCCCUUUUUGCCCCCUGCAGAAGCGCUUUUUGGGAGGCCGCCCUUUGCCUCUCGCUCCUUCGCUGAGCUGGAGGAGAAGAUUCGCAGCGACCGGGCUGUUGAGCUGCCCAGCCGACCCCUACUCUCCGUGGAGUGCCGGGACCUCUUGGGACAGCUCUUGGAGAGGGACCCUUUGAAACGCAUCUCCUUUGAGCGCUUCUUUGCCCACCCCUUUGUGGAUAUGGAGCACGUCCCCGGCCCUGAGAGCCUCUGCAAGGCGACCAACCUGGUGGUGGAGGCGGUGAAGAAGGACCAGGAGGGGGACGCCUCCACCGCCCUCUCCCUGUACUGCAAAGCUCUGGAGUAUUUUGUGCCGGCUCUGCACUAUGAAAGUGAUGCUCGCCGGAAAGAAGCCAUCCGGGCUAAGGUGGGGCAGUACAUCUCCCGAGCAGAGGAGCUGAAGGCAUUGGUCACCUCCAGCAACAAGAGCCUCUUGCAGAAAGAAAACCCAGCCAGAGAGCUCCUUAAAGAGAUGGCCAAGGACAAGCCUCGGCUCUGCGCUGCGCUGGAAAUGGCUUCUGCUGCCAUCGCUAAGGAGGAGGAAGGCAAAGAUGACCGUGACACCCUGGAGCUCUACCAGCAGAGCCUGGGGGAGCUGCUGCUCCUCCUGGCCGCGGAGCCUGCAGGGAGGCGGCGGGAGCUGCUCCACGCGGAGAUCCAGACCCUGAUGGCCCGAGCCGAGUACCUGAAAGAUCAGAUAAAGAUGCGGGAGGCGCAGUCCAUGGGCAAGGAGGCACUGGCGGAGCCCGUCCGGAGCAGUGAGUCCCUGUCUCCAUCUCCUCUUGUCCCCUGGGAGGGGACUUGACAAAAGGGGCCUGGGGAAGUGUCCCCCCUUGUGGCUUCGCUGAAGUGGUGGGCAAUAUCCCGGCAGCUGCUGCAGCCACGGGGAUAUUCCUGCCCAUGGGUAAUCCCGAUGCCGCACGCCUUCCUCUCCCCCCAGCAUGGGGCCGUGCGUGGCUGGGAUCCCACCCGGCUGGGUGACGAUGGCGUGUGCAGCUGAGUGAACGGUCUCUGUGCCGCCCGGCACAGCCUGUACCUUGCAGUGAUGCCCGGGAGCCAGCCGGCGGGAUGCUGCUCACCGCCCUGGCGCUGCCGUGCGAAGAGGUGCCGCCGGGGUGGAGGAAGGAUGAGCCUUUUGUCCCAACUGCUUUGGGGUAACCGCCUCGGGGGCUCACCCUUGGGCUCCCACCCCGGGAGGGUCCCAUGGGUGGGUCUGUAGAGCCACCUGCCCUUCUCCCUGGACGUUGGCAUCAUUUCCCAACAGGCAGAGUUCCCUCCUGGCCCUGCCUCGACCGUCUGCCUCCCCUGACCACAGUGGGCGGGUUAUUCCACUCUAAUUCCCUCCACCGGCUGCGACGGGCUGGGUAUUUUUAUCCUGGCACCGGGCUCCGGCAGCAUAUCCCCCCUGCCAGUCGCAUACGUCUCUUGCCUCUUCAGCUGGAUGUUUCUUCCACCUCCCAAAUUCUUCCAGGGGAGCCGUGGGUGUAUGCGCAGCCCAGACCCACGGAGCCCCACUGAGAGCUCUGGGCUGUCGGUGACGGCAGCAGGCAGAGGGUCGGGGAUGCUCCUGGUGCCCACCCUCCGCUGUGCCUUUCUCACCCAGCAACUACCUCUGCGCCUGCUGUCGCUCCUCUGGCCUCGAGCACCCAGCUGCACCGGCCCUGCCUCCCUCUCACUGCAGGAGCGUCAGGUCGAGGCAUUUGCUUCCUAAACCUGCCUGCAUGGGGCUGGCAGGUACUGGCUGCGUUCGUCACUGGUGUCACGAGGUGCUGGCAGUGCUCGGCAGGGGGUAACGGUGCGUGCUGCACGGGUAUGGUAAACACAGAUGAGCAGAAAUCAAUCACCUUCAGGGAAAGAGUCGCACGGCUGCAAAUGGCGAUACCUCCCCAAAGGCACAGCCUCGGCAUCCUGCCCACUCCGCUCCUCAGGGCUCUGACCACACCGGUAUCCCAAUCGUAAUCCCAGGAGCCCCCCAGCCCUGCCGAAGUCACUUAUCCGGGGUGGUGAGGUCCGCCUGUCCUGCCAAGCAAGGGACUUGUCUCACUAGCUACUGUAUUUCAAGGGAAUGUAAUUUAUUGUCUUUAAUAAAUGCUUUGAUUUCUCCAA